AACAACAUGCCUCCCAAAGCUGCUGAGAAGAAGCCCAGCACCGGUGGCAAGGCCCCGGCUGGCGGCAAGGCCCCCGCUGAGAAGAAGGAAGCCGGCAAGAAGACUGCCGCCGCCGCCUCUGGCGAUAAGAAGAAGCGUGGAAAGACCAGAAAGGAGACCUACUCGUCCUACAUCUACAAGGUCCUGAAGCAGGUUCACCCUGAUACUGGUAUCUCGACCCGUGCGAUGUCUAUCCUGAACUCUUUCGUCAAUGAUAUCUUCGAGCGUGUUGCGACCGAGGCCUCGAAACUUGCCGCUUACAACAAGAAGUCCACUAUCUCUUCACGGGAGAUCCAGACCUCUGUGAGGCUUAUCCUUCCCGGUGAACUGGCAAAGCACGCAGUGUCGGAAGGCACCAAGGCCGUCACGAAGUACUCGUCGUCUGCCAAAUAAGCAUUUUCGUUUUUAUUCUCUUUUCUUUCUGCAGGAUUGUUCUUUUGCUACCUCGUCAUCAGUUAAGGUUUUGAGGUGGUGGGUUACAGGGUGUUCGCGGGAUUUCUAAUGUGUCAUGGGAUGGCUUUAUUUCUUUUUUCCCCUUGGGCCAAAUGUUUUUAUGGUUUUCGUGACGUGAAUGCGGUGUAACAUAACUCGGAUCUGGGGUUGGUUGCGCGGAUUUGCCUUCCCUAGCAGAAUUCGAAUAUCAGAUUGCUUAGUUGCAUGUUCAUGAGAUGAAAAGUGAGUUUGGUAAAUGAUGCUUUGGCACUAGUGGAAGUGGUGCUACAUAUGAACCACUUUAUUGCACAAUCCCCGAUUCCCAAAUACUAUUCAAUAUCAUCCA